GAGAGAGAGCAGGGGAGAGAGGAGGGGAGAGAGAGAGAGAGAGAGAGGGGACACACCGAGCAGCAGCGCUCCGGCUCCGUUAUUCACGGCGGGUUGUUUCUUGGGAGAGCUCCAUCCUCGGCUCGCGGCGCUCCUUCAGCAGUCAGUGAAAACCUGAAGGACUAUGACUGAUGAACCCGUCUCCCAGAUUAGAGUGAUCCAGCUGGGAAGAUAGAACAUUUGUUACCCCAACAUCCUACAUCUCCUCCAGAAGAAUGAGGACUAUCUUGGUGGGCGUUGUAUGGCUCUGUCUCGGCCUGUUCCUGGAUGCACUGUCUUUGAAUGGACGGAGGAUGGACGCCGCGCUGGACGGAGAGGGAGUAGGAGCAGCCGUCAAAGGAGAGAAGCUGCUCAAAAGAGUGAGAAGAGGCUGGAUGUGGAACCAGUUUUUCCUGCAGGAGGAGUAUACAGGCAGCGACAACCAGUACAUUGGCAAGCUCCAGUCAGACCAGGACCACGGCAACGGCUUGGUCAAGUACAUUCUCUCCGGUGAAGGUGCCGGCACCAUCUUCGUCCUCGAUGAGAACAACGGCAACCUGCACGCCACUCGCCGCCUGGAUCGCGAGGAGAAGUCGUCUUACAUCCUCAGAGCCACCGUGAUCAACAAACGGACGGGUCAAAAGCUGGAGCCGGAGACCGAGUUCACCGUCAAACUGCACGACAUCAACGACAACGAGCCUCACUUCAGCAAAGAGGUUUACACCGGCAGCGUGCCCGAGAGGUCUGACAUCGGUACCUCGGUCAUGCAGGUGACGGCUACAGACGCUGAUGACAGUAUGUACGGGAACAGUGCCAAGCUGGUCUACAGCAUCAGCCAGGGACACCCGUACUUCUCUGUGGACCCAAACACAGGCGUGAUCCGGACCGCCCUGGGUCCUGGCGACAUGGACCGUGAGCAGAGGGAGCACUACCAGGUGGUGAUCGAAGCCAAAGACAUGGCCGGGCAGAGAGGAGGCCUCACCGGGACCACCGUGGUGAACAUCACUCUCACCGACGUCAACGACAAUCCUCCCCGCUUCACCCAGAGUAUAUACCAGUUCAGAGUUCCUGAGUCGUCCAAGUCUGGCUCUCCAGUUGGGAGGAUUCAAGCCACCGACCGGGACAUCGGGAGGAACGCGGAGAUGUACUUCACCAUCGUCAGCGGAGACGGCAUGGACAUGUUCGACAUCUCCACCGACAAAGACACUCAGGAGGGAGUCAUCACCGUCAGCAAGCCUUUGGAUUUUGAGAAGAAGCCGUCGUACACAGUAGAGAUCCAGGUCCAGAACACCCAGGUGGACCCUCGCUUCAUGUCCUCAGGCUCCAAAGACAUGGCCACGGUCCGGAUCGCCGUGGAGGACGUGGACGAGCCGCCGCUGUUCGACAAAGCCAGCUACCUGAUGGAGGUGAAGGAGGACGCUGGGGUGGGCGUGGCCGUGGGCUCAGUCAGCGCCGUGGACCCCGAUGGCGCUCGCAGCAUUGUCAAGUAUUCUAUCGACCGUCGCACGGACAUGGACCACGUGUUCCAGAUCCAUCCGGGGAAUGGAUCCGUGUUCCUGCUCAGAAGCCUGGACCGAGAGGAGGCUGCCUGGCAUAACAUCACCAUCAUCGCCACCGAGUACAGUAAUCCUCGUCAGAGCAGCCAUGUUCCCGUCUACAUCCGCCUGCUGGACAUCAAUGACAACGCUCCCACAUUCGCCGACACGUAUGAGACUUUUGUCUGCGAGAAAACCAAGGCUGGACAGCGGAUCAAGACGGUGAGCGCUAUCGAUGCCGAUGAGCCGUCGACGGGACACAAGUUCUUCUUCAGCCUCGCUCCUGAGGUGCCCCACCGCAGCAACUUCACCGUCCGAGACAACGGAGAUAACACCGCUGGCAUCCUGACUCGCCGCGCCAGCUACAGCCGCCUGCACCAGAGCGUCUACCUGGUUCCCGUGGUGAUCACUGACGGCGACUACCCCAUGCAGAGCAGCACCGGGACCCUCACUGUGAAGGUGUGCACGUGUGACCGCGAGGGCAACAUGGAGCUGUGCAGCGCCGAGGCUCUGAGCAGCUCGCCCGGCCUCAGCACCGGAGCCCUGAUUGCCAUCCUCCUGUGUGCCAUCAUACUGCUGAUGAUCGUGGUUCUGUUCACAGCAUUAAAACGUCAAAGGAAGCAGGAGCCUCUGAUUAUCUCCAAAGAGGACGUGCGGGACAAUGUUGUUAGCUACAACGAUGAGGGCGGUGGCGAGGAGGACACCCAGGCUUUUGACAUCGGAGCCCUUCGACACCCGGAUGCUGCUGCCGCCUUGGAGGAAUCUGCCAAACAGAGGCGUGACAUCAUCCCCACUGAUACCCUGCUGUACCCGCCUCACCGCCGACCUGCCCCCGCUGCCUCCGGCCUCAUCAUGCCCCCAGUCAACAUGGCUUCACGGGAUAACGGGGACGUACGUGAGUUCAUCAACCAGAGAGUGCUGGAGAACGACUGUAACCCGACAGCGCCGCCGUACGACUCGCUGGCCACCUACGCCUACGAGGGCGCGGGAUCAGUGGCCGAGUCGCUCAGCUCGCUGGGCUCGGCUUCGUCCGAGGCUGAACAGGACUACCACUACCUGAGUGACUGGGGGCCCCGGUUCAGGAAACUGGCCGACCUGUACGGGGCCGAGGACAGUGACUUCUCCUAACGACGACACACCCCAAUCACUUCAAUGUCAAAGACGGGUUCAGGAAACAUUUUUGACCACUGCAGGGCCGAGGACAGCAACAUCUAACGACAAACUCAGUGUCAGAGAACGUUGCUGAUGAGCUUUAAGACAACGAGAGAACUUUCAAAAGAACAGACACACGCAUUCGACAUGAUGAACCCACAGAUAUGCUGGCAUCCAAGAUGGCCACCUGACCUUAGACCUGCCUUCACUGCACAUCCAUCCAAAAAUGGAGCCUAUCAAGUCAUUUUCAAAAAGGGGCAAAAGUUCUGAAUAUCUGUUUUUGGGAAUGGGAACUAAUGGAUGUAGAAAUGUAAAUCUACCAGCACAACGGUGGAGCCCAAAGAUGUUCAGUUCCACCGGUGCGAACCUCUUCAAAGACUCAUUUCAGGCCUGAGUGAAGUUCAGAAUCAAAAUUGGACUGGAUUUUUUUCAUUUUUUUAAAUGAGAAUUGGACUUCUCAUACUUUCUUUGGCUUUACUUUAAUCUCUCCUAAGUUACCAAAAACUAUUUUGGAGAGAUUUGUUCUUUUUUUGUGGCUUUACGUUUGCCAUUCCAGGCAAACUGAACGGAGUGUUUGGACCCAGGUCAGUCAACAAAAACCCCGACGUAGUAAUUUCAGGACCGGACCAGACACACUCACGCUGCAGAUACGAAGUGAAGUGUGUGGAGAGACGAGUUGUUGUGUUUUUUCUUUUUGACUAAGUGCCCUUCUGCUGCCCUUCGAGCUGAACUGUGGAUGUCUGUUGGCUGCUGGAGCCUGGAGGGGGCUAAUGACUCUUACAUGAUUGCUUUUUUGUCUUUUUGCUGUCUUGUACAAAAUGACCAUUCCAGAGGAGAAAACCGCCUUCUUCGGGACACAGAGUAAAAAGAAGACGACUUGUAUGAUUAAAUGCACUGAUUACUUUCUGUUUAUGCAGGUUUUUUAGAUUCCUUUUCUCUUUCUUUUUUUUUUGGUCAUUUUUUUAUGUGCUGCACACAAAAGAAGAUAUAUGUUCACAGCACCAUUUCUAGAUUUUUAGCUUCUUGAUUAGGUGUAUAUUGUGUCAGAACUGUGGUUGAACUGAGUUAUCUUGGAAGUAUACUAAGCUCCAUAAAUCUUUAAUUUCACUGGAGUCUUUUUCUAUAACUAAACACACCUUCAGCUACCAUACGGACAGACAGUCGCUGUACAAUGUUUUCUUUCAGAAUACUGCUUUUUAUUUACAUGGACAUGGGAAGCCCUACCUUCACAGUAGGGAUGUCACUUUGAAUCCAAAAAUUCUGACUACUGUUUAAACAUGAGGGAAAUGAUCAAAACAUCUGAGAUUUAAAUGCAUCAAGCAGUUUGUAAGGCUAAGACUGUGGCUUAGGUAAAACAUUUCAAUUGCACUUUUUUAGAAUUCAUUGCAACAAAUGACUGAUAAAGAAGUCUGCGUUCUCCUCAGUUCUAAUAGAUCAACGUCACUCUCAUGUCUGGGAAGUGACAGCAAGCAGCCAAUCAGCUUAGACUAACAAAAAGAAACAGCAGCUGUUUCUGCUGGGCUCCAUCUAAAGGCCAGUUCAUGGCGUCUGCAGGACCAGCGUGGUCUGAAAGCAGACAGCAGACAGACAGUCUCAUGCCUUCAGAUGGCAUGAGACUGUCAUACGGCAGACAGGAAAACAUCCAGGACUCUGUGCAUGCUUCUGAAAGGCUCUGACAUUCAGUUUUACACGAUGUCUGAUUGGUGUGGUGAUAUGGUGUUACUGUGUCGAUGGGACACGGCACAGGAUGUGUGGAGAUUUUAGAACUUCCAACUGUGUUAGGGCAUUGUCGAUGGAAAGCAUGAGCACCUCUGAAGUCCAACAGCAACUUCUUCAAUUACAACUCUUUCUAUAAUUUAGCUAUAAUGAUACGGAUAUCCAGACAUAGUCUCUACUUAAAACAGGCAGUUCUUUACAGCACGCUUUGUUUUCCUGGAAAAUGUGCGUUCAGUGCAGUUGCAGUGUGGACAGUGUGCAUUGUGCUGCACACAGAAAUCCACACAGGAAUCCCCCUUUAAAUACAUUUACUAUGUAUGGACCCCUGCAAAUACAGAGCAUGAAUUAGAAUUAAAGUAACCAAAAAAAACUACAAGCAGCCCAACAGAUAAACUAUAAUUGAAACAAUGAUUUUUUUCUUUUCUAUGCACAAACUGAAAACUAUUUCUUGGACUAUUAACUAGUUGCCCAGAAAACUCCCUUUGACACGACUUCAGAGAUGUCAGAAAGCAAUAAAAUGCAGGAUUUAUGCAGAGCAAAGCGCUCUAAACAGAUAAUUUAACUAAUGGACGAGCUGCCUUACAGUGACAUGAGAAGAACCCAGUCAGCUGUUAACUCGCCACCAAAGAGGCAGCGAACGCAUCACAGAUGAGGAGAACUGGAUCAGUGUGAUGUGUAGCCUGACUUUCUGAUUGGCCCAUGUGUGGCGCAUUCAAAUAAAUGCCAACUUGUGAUGCGUCCUCAUUUGUUCCAGGUUGAUUUUUUGGAAAAGUGACAGCCCUUCUUCACAGCUUGAAUGUCUUUCGGUGACUGCUAACCUCAUUUUCAGCUCCACGUUAUUUCCCGCUCGUACCUGUUUUCUCCCAUGUACUCGCACACUUUGAGGAUAUGAUCCAAAUGUUUUUGCCCAAAGGUAUUCUGGCACAUAUUUCACUCACUGCGAGAAAAAAAAGGAAGCGCUCGCCUCCUUCACUGGUUUGUUUGCUUAGUUUUAUUCAGACCACCUCUGUGUGUCCUCCAGAGACACGAGGGUUUGUUGUUAAAUGUUGUAAUUAAUCAACACUGGAAGGAAGUGUAUUUGUCAUCUGCCUUGAUGUCACAUUAAUUACUGAAGCAAAAUCACAACCGUCAACCUCAGUGCUACGUUCUAAAGAAAACCAUUUCAGAUGAGGGAAGGAGCUAUGAGGUCGCGUUGGUUUACUGAUUGUUUUUCUCUUCCUUUUUUAAAUUUUUUAUUUAGUUUUUCUGAUUUGGUAUCAGGAGUUUGUAUCGUGUGUUUUGGCAGUUUCAGUAAAAGCACCGGUUUGUUCCAGUUGUGUUUUGUGACUGUGCUCUGCUCUGAAGGCUUAAAAACUAAAUCGUCCACAUAUUUUCUUUAUAUUGUGAUUCAUUCUUUUUGUACCAAAUAUUUAUAGGACACAAUGAUGAUAUUCUUGGAAGAAAAGAAAAAAAACCUGAAUACCGUCCAGCUUCACUGUUUUUUAAUGUCCUUUUGGAGGUGUGAAACUCUGUGGGCAGUCUCCAGUCUGUAUACGAUGUAUUAUCAAGUUGUUUAAUUUUAUCAAAAUAAACUUUUACAGUCAAA